AUGUCAGAAAAUUCUGCCAGUUUUACUAUACCGUGUCAUGACAUUGUUAGUGUCGUAGAAUUCGUUCCGUUUGAGUGGUGCACAAACUUGUUGGCUGUUGGUACAAAUUCAAGAGUUACCAUUUACCGGGUUGACCUCAGGGACGAGUCUGAGGAUGAAAAACCAUUUGAAUUUAAACAAGUGCGUGACUUUCAAAAUGGAUGCAGAGUGACGGCUAUAUCAUGGAGCCCUGAAACUUCAUAUGAAUCUCGAGAAGUUGCAGACUGCUUGAGAUUUGCUGUAGCUGGGUCCAACAACAGAAUACAACUUUUUGAGUCAGAUUUACGAGAGAAAGAUGCAGUGGAGUUGUUGGAAGGCCAUACUGACUUUAUCAACUCUGUGGCUUACAACCCCCAGAGCGGGGAGACCCUGGCCUCAACAGGGGAUGACUUGACUUGUAAGCUAUGGGUAGGAGAUGAACUCAAUGCCAGUUUUCAGCUUGGUGCUCCAGGAAUGUCUGUGUGUAUCCACGAAAAAGAGCCAGGCAAGGUGAUGGUGGCACAAAAAGACGGCAUUAUCAAAAUAUUUAGUAUGGACCUACAGCUUCAGAUCAUGUCUUUAGACUGUUGCCAAUCUCCACUGAUGGGUGCUGACUGGAGUAGACUUGAUGAUGAUGUCAUCGCUGCAGUGGCUGGUACAGAAUGGCUCAUAUUUCACCUAUCAAGAUCUAGUCAGCCACAGGAGAGGCGCCAAGCUCACCCUGAAGGGGCACGGGACAUUCGUUGGGCAAAGUCAACACCUAUACUGCUAGCUACCACAGGACGGCCAGGACGACAGAUCAAAGUGUUCAGCACAAGACACCAUCAGGUUCCCUUGAGUACAAGCCAACAGGUGGCCUAUGGAAUGAGUUGGCACUAUACCCACCCACUGCUGGCUGUGGGCGGAGAUCAACAAGUGAAAGUUUACCAUAUAGAGCCAAACAGGGCGCAAUUGGGAUGAAAAAAGUCUUUACAGCUUGCUACUGCACUGUUCAGAAACUAAAACACUGGGUGACCAUGAACCAGAUAAUUCAAAGUUAGAUUUGGUGUUUUUAGCGACUGAAGAUGUUGACUUUUACAACACUCUUAGGCUGGGUGCUCAUUCCUAGAUGGACCAAUUUGACCAUGCAUACUAGGAUGAAUACAUGUGGAUUUUGAGAAAGUACUGGAAGUGUAAUAUUCACAAAUUACUUGAUGUUAAACUGUAAUUGAUUAGGACCAUAGAAAGUCAUGAAGGUACAUUUUGUAACUGAAUGGAAAUGGUUUUCUUUUUCUCAGAAGGUAGAAAAACAGUAUCUCACUGUAAUAUAUGAUGAACAUGCUUUGAUUUGUAGUACAUUUUUUAGUUGGAAUAUUGUGUGACAUUGUCAGUGCUAUUUAUCAGCACUUGCAACAGGCAUUCAUCAGUAAUGAUGCAACAUAUUGCUUUAUGCAUGUUUCCACAUACAAAUAAACCAUGCUGAAGAAAAAAGCUACAGCUAAGGAGUGGGUUGUGCUCUACCAAUGGGCCAACAUAGCUCAAUCAGGAAAGCAUGUUAAUUAAACCUUGUAUGAAGUUCUAAGGUUUAGGGAUCGAUGCCUACCCUUGACAGUUUUUUCAUUUACCAGGAAGCUAAGAUCAGGAUCUGUUUUUGUCUUCUUGCGAUGUGUCUUUAGCAAGGAUAAUGUUCUCCAGUUGGUCAGAAUAGCAUGGUGGGGGCAUCCCGCGUGAUAUUUAAAGCUUCUACAUAGAAAUACUGCCUCAAAUGACACUUGUGAUGCACAUGGCAAUAACCCCAGUGACCAGCUGAAAAAUUGUCCUUCCCAUUUUUUCACUAACAUGACUGAAGUAUAAAGUAAUAUCACAGUGACUUUAAUUGUGUUGGAGCUAGUUUGUAUGUACUUUUCUUAUGCUUAUUGUUCUGUGUUCCUGUGGUAAUAUUGAUACAUAUAUAAUGGAUAAUAAAUGAUGGUGUUUUCUAUGUC